AUGGCGAUAUCCCUCUCCAAGACAGACAAACUGCGCUUGGCGCUGCGAUUCUGCCGAGCACCCUUUCAGAUUUCCGCGUACGUUAUACGUAGCCUUGCCAUUGCAUCCGCUCGAGGGCUCCCUCUCAGGACAUAUGCUAUUUGUGCAGUCGCCAAUGCCCUCGCGGACGUCUUUGAUGCCCGUGACACUCAGUAUUUGUGUCCACCGACAAGACAAGUAUAUGAAUCAUGGAUUCAUAAACUCUUUCAGUCUAAUAAGAAAGAGCACUCGGACGUGGCUGGACGGUUGCGAUGUGAUAUUCAACCGCUGGAUGAAGGCCAUUCCUCGAUUCUCUGGGUCGGAGACCGCAACAGGGCAAAGAAAGUAGUGCUGUUCUUUCAUGGCGGAGGCUACAUUGCCCCUUUGCUAAAUGCAUACAUGGAGUUUCUUUGCAGGGCCUACAUCACAGCCGGCAUCGAGGCAGGCACCGAAGUUGCAGUGGCAAUCCUUGAGUACUCCCUCUCUCCUGGCGCACAGUAUCCCACUCAGCUAUGCCAGGCGAGCAGCGCACUCGCACAUUUGCUGUCAUCCGGGAUUUCUCCAGGGAACAUCAUUAUUGGCGGAGAUUCUGCUGGGGGGAAUUUGACGGCGCAGUUGCUCUGCCACAUGGCGUGGCCUCACCCUGAAGCUGUGCCCAUCGAGCUGGCCGAGCCUCUUGCCGGAGUAUUUCUCAUCUCUCCAUGGCUCAGCACACGUACAACCGAUAGAUCUUUUGCGGAAAACGGGUCGAUUGACCUUUCGGCUUCUUUUGUCCGUAUUAUCACGGCCGAGCUUCUGGGACCUGACUGGGAGGAAGAGGCGAGCGAUCGCUUUAGCCAUGCCUUCCCACUUGACACGAAACACCCUUGGAUGGAUAAGCUAGCCACAAUGACAAACAAGAUGUAUCUCUCGGUAGGAUACCAGGAGGUGUUUCGAGAUCAGUGUGUGGAGUUUGUGGACAAGGUACGGGAAGCCAACCCAAGCAUGGAACUUCAAUUUGAUGUUCAAGAGAAGAUGGCGCAUGACUUUAUAAUCCUGGAGGCCCAUGAGAAGCGCAACGGGGAGUGUAUUGAAGCUAUGAAGAAGUGGGUGAAGAGCAUGUUGGUAGAAGAUUAA